GCGACUGCUACUUGAUUGGCCGCCCAAAACUCGGUCCACCGCAGAGAUAACCAAGGCGGAUACAAACGGAUAUUGAAUCUGGCACUGUUUUCGCAUCCUAGCAUGCUGACAGGGGCCUCGUUGUCCUUCCUCUCCUUGCUGGUCGUCACUUGGAGAGACGCCACUAGGAUCACACUUCUUACAGCGCUGGCGCGUCAUAUCCGAUUGGCGCCAUCCUCGACAGAGGCUGCACCAACAUAUCUUCGGCGACGCCUUGAUUGGGCCACUGACCUAAGUGGCGGCACAAAGGGUAUGAGGCGACCUCAAGCCCUUGCCGCCCGACGAACGUCGUUUGACAGGGACGCAAGCUUGCCGCAACUCGCCAGGUCUACGAUCGAAGCCAUCUAUCACAUCCCUCACCAGAUGCGCGGGACGUAUUUUACAGCCAAGCCUUGGUUCAUGAGGCUCAAAGUCUGGGCAAAGACUUGGCUCUGGGGUUGGAUGCAAGAUCCUUAAUCAGGCCCGGGCCCCAAGGUUCCAUCGCAUCUCAAGAUAUCCCCAGACUUUGGCUGAAUUUUGUGGUUUUUAUUACGAGACAAAAUCCACCCCCAGGAAAUCUAUCCAGAUCGCUCCCCGUUCUCGACCACGGCGCCCCUUUCGCCACGAGCAUGGGAACACGAGAGAACCACCGUGCUUCUCGCCAGUCUGUCUCGAGGCCAUGGAAAAAGGUGGAUACA